AUGCGAAAUUUCCUGAUACCGGGCCAGGUGGAGAACUGGAUCUCGGUGAUCGACGUGGCGGAGACUGGCCUUUUCUCCCUCGUUUCUGCCAUGAAGAAGAGCUUCACCUUCCUUUCGGAUACGUACCGGUCGCGGAUGUUCGUUUGCUACGUGGUGCGCAUCCCCGCUCCAUUUCUUUCCUAUGUUAGAAUCUGGCGAGGUGGUGCUGGGCAACGCCGACGCCGAGCUGGCCAACCGUAUCAACAACUACGACCACGUCGAAUCCACGGUGGUCAAGAAGGACGAGAAGGGCAACAUCACCGACCAGUGGGUGGAAGUGGUCAAGAUCAUCAGGAUCAACAAGAAAAACCCUUCCUCGGAGGCUAUAGAACCUACUCCAAUGUGGAGUACUGGAACGCCUUCGCGCAGACAGACCAGAAAAAAACUAACCAUAAAUUGUGCUAUACUCGGGAAACGCAAACCUACGAAUGGGUCACCAAGUCCACCAGGGUCAAACGGGAAAUCGGAACGCAGAUGGAAAAAGAGGGACUUUUUCUCGAUGCGCGCACUGAUAAACAUCUGCUGCCCAAUCUUUACUUCGACUCUGAGAUGUGGGAACAGAGGAGGAACGAAGCCGCCCUCUACAUCCAGAGACUCACUCGGGGAUGGUUUGCACGGAAACUGGCCAAUAGACUACGGAAGCAGAAGUAUGAUAAGAUACAGAAGGAAAUUGAGGAGGAGGAAAAAUUGAGGAAGAAUGAGGAGAUAAGGCACAGACAGGAAAUCUAAAGAAGAAGGAACCCGAAAUCCCAAGAGGACUUUGAGAUUCUGUACCAGGAGCUUUAGGUAAUUCGUUCUUGACAGAUCUGGCGUGUGACUGAGUUGUAGAAGAUAAAGAACAAUAAAUCGCUGACUGAGGAGCAAAGGAAGAGGGCAUUGAAGGAAACCCUGGACAAGGAGAUUGAUCUGUUGCAGACGAUUGAUCGGUUGAAGAUAUCGGCAGGCAAAGAUCAGAAGGUCCAAAAGAUCGAAAAGUAUCUAAAGGCAAUGAGCGACCCUAAACAGUGGAAAAGGUAUAUUGGGAUCUAUGCAGGAACCGAUGGAAGGGUAACAGAAGUGCAUACUCCUUUCACCAUCAGAGCCAAGGAGUUGAUGGACCUCUACAAGGGUCUAAAGAUGAAGAGCAUCUCCACCGACGAGCGACUUGACAUCCUGCUCAACACCAAGUGGACGGUCAAGGAGUGGGACUGCAACCUCACCAGAGAGAUCGUCGACCUCAUCGACAGGGAGGCCAACAUGCUCGACAGGGGCAGGCCCGAGAAGAGUCUGGAGGGGCUGCGGCAGAGACUGGCCAACCUUUUCCUGCAGUUCAUCGAGUACCCCCUCUUCAACCCCGAAGCAGCCAGGUUCCAGAAGAUACCCUACGAGAUUUCAGAACUGGCGAACCAGGAGAACGGAGCAACGAAAUCUAAGUUCAACUGA